CGUGACAAAGGUCAACUCGUCCAAGAAGAGGCAAGGAGCCAAGAAAAUCGACCAAAACCAACUGAAAACCUGACAAAACCAUGUCUCACACCAUCCUGCUGGUGCAGCCCACCAAGAGGCCAGAGGGAAGGACGUACGCUGACUAUGAAUCUGUCAACGAGUGUAUGGAGGGUGUGUGUAAGAUGUACGAGGAGCAUUUAAAGAGAAUGAAUCCCAACAGUCCGUCGAUAACGUACGACAUCAGCCAGCUGUUUGACUUCAUCGAUGAUCUGGCUGACCUCAGCUGUUUGGUGUAUCGCGCCGACACACAGACGUAUCAGCCGUACAACAAGGACUGGAUCAAAGAGAAGAUCUACGUGCUGCUUCGCCGUCAGGCCCAGCAGGCAGCGAAGUGAAGCCUCUGAGCAGGUGGAGGUGCUGGGGAUCAGUAUCAAUAUCAUUUUCUUAUGUCACUUGUGUUCAGAAGUUGCUUUGAGAAGUUUUUGACAAAGUUUUUAAAAAUGUUUUUCCUCAUGGAGGGGCUUUGUAUCUUUGGGGUUUGUAUUGUAAUGUUUGACUUAAUAAAGAUUUCUUUUCAAUAACAAAAGUUCUGUUUUCUCU